UUAUAUGCCAGCAGAUUGGUUCGCGAACACUUCAGCCACCUCGACGCCCACCCCUCCGACGGCCCCAGACUCGGCCAUGACGCCCGGGACAAAUGACUGAAUUAUACCCGACCAUUGCGCAGUGCGCAAUAGUUGCGACUGCCUUCAAGAUCCUCCUCUUCCCAGCCUACAAAUCCACCGACUUCGAGGUGCAUCGGAAUUGGCUGGCCCUCACCCAUAGCUUGUCGCUGUGGGAGUGGUAUUACGAGAAGACAUCCGAAUGGACCCUCGACUACCCCCCCUUCUUCGCCUACUUCGAAUGGAUUCUGUCCCAGGUGGCGAAGCUGGUCGAUCCGGCCAUGCUCCGGGUCCGCAACCUGGGCUACGAUAGCUGGCAGACCAUAUAUUUCCAGAGAUUCACCGUCAUCGUGACCGAGGUGAUGCUUAUAUACGCUCUGCAACUGUUUGUCGAGUCUUCACAUGGCGCGGCCAAGCGCGCAGCUCAGGUCGCCUCCAUUUCGGUUCUCCUCUCCCCGGGCCUGCUCAUCAUCGACCACAUCCAUUUCCAGUACAACGGAGCUAUGUACGGCAUCCUGGUCUUAUCCCUGGUCCUAGCGCGCCAGAAGUCGAGCCUCCUCGCGAGCGGCUUCGUCUUUGCAGCGCUCCUAUGCAUGAAGCAUAUCUAUCUCUACCUUGCGCCGGCGUACUUCGUCUUCCUCUUGAGGACCUACUGUCUCUCGCCCAAGUCCGUCUUCCGCAUCCAAUUUCUCAACUGCGUUAAACUGGCAUCCGGCAUCCUCGGCAUCUUCGGCUUAGCAUUCGGUCCAUUCGCCCUGAGGAACCAAAUCCCCCAGAUCCUCAGCAGGCUCUUCCCCUUCUCUCGCGGGCUCUGCCAUGCGUACUGGGCGCCGAAUGUCUGGGCCAUGUAUUCUUUUGUGGACCGGGCGUUGAUAUUUGUUGGGCCGCGACUAGGGCUGCCGGUCCGGAUGGAGGCUGUCAACAGCGUCACGAGAGGUCUAGUGGGAGACACGGCGUUUGCGGUGCUGCCGGAGGUCACUCCCAGGAUAUGCUUCGCGCUCACCCUCCUCUUUCAAGUCAUACCGCUUGUCAAAUUAUUCCUGUACCCUAACUGGGACGCCUUCAUAGGGGCAGUGACGCUCUGCGGGUAUGCGUCGUUCCUCUUCGGAUGGCAUGUCCACGAGAAAGCUAUCCUGUUGGUCAUCAUCCCCUUUAGCCUAAUCGCUCUCAAAGACCGAAGGCAUCUAAGCGCAUUCCGCCCCUUAGCAGUGUCCGGCCACGUCUCGCUCUUCCCUCUCCUCUUCACCUCUGCAGAAUUCCCGAUCAAGACGGUCUACACUAUCUUCUGGCUGGUACUGUUCCUGAUGGCGUUUGAUCGCAUCGCUCUCCCCUCCACCCGUCCGAGGUUCUUCCUCUUCGACCGGUUCACCAUCCUAUACAUCACUGUCAGCAUACCCCUGAUAGCCUACUGCUCGCUACUACACCACGUAAUCUUCGGCAAGAGCCUCGAGUUCCUCCCUCUGAUGUUCAUGAGCUCGUAUUCGGCCAUAGGGGUAGUUGGUAGCUGGGUAGGAUUUAUGGUGGUGUACUUUGCGUCGUAGAUUGGUCGAGUGGCAUAUUGGGGGGGGCAUCCCCAAGUUCUCAUAGUCGCUAAGCUGUAGAGACAAUCCUGCAGCCGAGUAAAUUGACUUCGUGGUAAUUACGGCCAUUCUCUUGGCGAAUGUAGAUGUUCCCUAACAAAGGCUGGGUGGUGGUGUUCUCGGACGUGCUUUCAUGCAAGGCCAGUUACCUGUUUUUUUAUUAUCCCACCUGGGGGUGUGCAUGUGGGCUGCUUGGAGGUAGUGACCAAGAAAGUCCCCCCUGACAGGCUUGUUCGGGUCCGGCCUCG